CGGCUUGCCAUGGCUUGGAGAGGCUGGUGCAGCAGGCUGGGGGCCCAGCUGAAGAGGAGCCCCGGACGGAAAGAGGCGUGGGGGCGACGAGGAUUCGUCUCCUGCAUAGACCCGUCUGUCGGUUUGACCGAAGAACAGAAGGAGUUCCAAAAAGUGGCCUUUGACUUUGCUGCCAAAGAAAUGGCCCCACACAUGGCGGAGUGGGAUGAAAAGGAAAUAUUCCCCGUGGAAACUCUGCGGAAAGCGGCCAAAUUGGGGUUUGGCGGGAUCUACGUGAGGCCGGAGGUUGGCGGCUCCGGAUUGUCCCGGCUGGACACCUCUGUGAUCUUUGAGGCUCUGUCGACAGGCUGUGUCAGUACUACAGCUUAUAUCAGCAUCCACAAUAUGUGCGCUUGGAUGAUCGACACUUUCGGGACGGAGGAACAGAGGCACAAGUACUGUCCUUCGCUUUGCAGCAUGGAAAAGCUCGCCUCGUACUGCUUGACUGAGCCAGGAAGCGGAAGUGAUGCCGCUUCUUUGCUAACUUCAGCCAAGAAGGACGGCGAAAAGUACAUCCUUAACGGUUCCAAGGCCUUCAUCAGCGGCGGCGGCGAUACGGACCUGUACGUGGUGAUGUGCCGCACGGGAGGAGCCGGCCCCAAAGGCAUCUCCUGCCUGGUGCUGGAGAAAGGGACUCCGGGCUUGAGCUUCGGCAAAAAGGAGAAGAAGGUGGGCUGGAAUUCGCAGCCGACUCGGGCGGUGAUAUUUGAGGACUGCGUCGUUCCGGUAGCCAACCGGCUAGGAGAAGAAGGGCAGGGCUUUAACAUCGCCAUGAAAGGCCUGAACGGAGGGAGGAUUAACAUUGCUUCAUGUUCUCUGGGCGCGGCCCACGCCUCCGUCCUUCUGGCUCGGGAUCACCUGAACGUCCGGAAGCAGUUUGGGGAGCUCCUCGCGAGCAGUCAGUACCUCCAGUUCCGGCUGGCCGAGAUGGCGACCCGCCUGGUGGCAGCACGGCUCAUGGUGCGCAGCGCGGCGCGCGCCCUGCAAGAGCAGCGGGAGGACGCCGUGGCUCUCUGCUCCAUGGCCAAGCUCUUUGCCACGGAUGAGUGCUUUGCGAUCUGCAACCAAGCCUUGCAAAUGCACGGUGGCUAUGGCUACCUGAAGGAUUAUGCCGUGCAACAGUUUGUGCGAGACAUCAGAGUGCACCAGAUUUUGGAAGGUACCAAUGAAGUGAUGAGAAUGAUUGUGGCCAGGAAUUUGUUACAGGCAUAGUGUCCGGAGCUGGUCUUUAGAUUCGAUGCCCUCCAGUAGCUACACGUUGCUUUAGUGGCCGUGGACUGGGAAGAAGAGAUGGAGCUGUACUGCGCGAUAGCCUUCUUCCUGCCCACCCUCAUCUAACUGAAGCCCUGACGGACACCGCUAGAAAAACACUGUGUUUCCGUGCUGGGCCGUGCCUGGUAAAAUUUGCCCCAGCUAGGCAGGGCUAGCCAAUCUAAAUAGAACCAUUUGUGCUCGAAAUCCUGACUUCAGGCCAUCUGGUCUGUCCUGCUGCUCUUCUGAAAGAAAGAACACAGUGCUGGUUGGAUUUGCCCAGACUGGACCUUUGCCAGCACCGUACAUUAGCUCCCCAAUUAGCCCUGCAUCAGAGCUAGGUGCCGUCCGUUGAUUGGCUUGGGUACCUGAGCCCCCUGCAAAUAUAUAUCUCUCCAUUCUGGAUUUUGCACAGGUUGGGGCAAAGGGAUAAUCUUCUCGUUUAAUCCACAUUUCCUGGAGAUUACGCUCUUUCUCCGAAGGAGGGCCCGUGAAACCACAAAGGCCUUUUAAGCUCUGCCGUUUUCGGCAAGACGUAUGUUCUUUUUUUUUAGGUCAAGUGGCAGGAAUUGGGGAGGGUGGAUCUCUUUGCUCACAGUCAGGAAUUGGGGAGGGUGGAUCUCUUUGCCCGCCUCCCAUCCCUGUCUUCCCACCUUCCCUUCACACGGCGCGAAUGGCUCUUACGAUCACACCCGUUGGGUCACAGCACAAAAAUCUUCUGAUGCACAACAAUGCAGUAAGGCCACAAAUCAGAGGUGCUGAUCCAGAUUGCUUUUCUUUCCUUGCCUUUUCGAUGCCGGAAUCAAUAAACGGAGAUUUUGACUUUU